GGGUCUCUCUACUCUGUCCAUGGCUGCUUCGUCUAUAAGCAAUUUUCUUUCUUUCCCAGUACCAUCACAAAGAUUUCCCACCAAGAAAACUGGAAUCCAACUCAUCUUUUGUUCCUCUUCUUCGUCUGUUACUUCUGGUUCACUUUUUUCUGUCUCUUCGUCUUCUUUCAGAUCGUUUCAGUGUAAAUACAGAGAUGGGUUAGUUCCAGUAGUAGCUAACGAGCCUCUUUAUUUGUCUGAUUUAUUGUCUGUAUUAUACCCUUCUCUUCUUUACGCGAAUACCCUCUUCUUUAAAUCUGCGUACAACGUUCAGGUAAAUGUGGGUGAAAAUGAAUCUGAAGAGGAUUUGCUUUAUAGGUUUCGGAAGAAAGUAAUGAAGGCUGGAAUUAUUCAAGAAUGCAAGAGGAGAAGACAUUUUGAGAACAAGCGGAAUGAGAGGAAAAGGAAGACCAAAGAAGCAGCUAGGCGGAAUCGAAGAAGACGCCAAUCAUCGAAAACUCCACCACCUGAGAAGCAGGAAUCAUCGAAGAACAAGAAGGAUGUGGAUGAAGAAGAAGAUAACUGGGAAAUUCCCGAAGGAGACCUUCCCUAUUGAAUACAAUUU